CAUCUAUAAAAAGCCAUAAAAAAUGCAUGAUUCACAUAUACACAACAUUUAUUUUCAGUUCUCCAUAUCAAAUAAUCGAUUCCCCUCCCCAAAAUCAUGAAGGUGAAGCUGAAGCAUUUUGUCAAUGAUCACUUGGAGGAGAGCUCAAGUGCUGGCGGUAUAAGAGGCGUUGAAAGAGAUCGACUCAUCACUAGUCUAGCGACGCCAAACUUUGCCACUUAUGUUGAGAAUAUGAUGAAAAAUGAAACCAAUGUACUGAAUAACAAGUUAAAGAGGGCGUUGAGUUCGGAUGAUAACGCACAAGAAUCAACUGAAGUUAAACACAAUAGAACAACACUCUUAGAGUUGUUCCAGAAAACCAAAAUGGUAGAGGAAACUAAAAGCAAUAUAGGAAAACAUAAGGAACAGAAAACUGAUAGCCAUUUAAUGAGAAAGAUACUGACUAGUGAGUCUGCUUCAGCUGAUGAAAAGCUGCACAAGAUUCUCCAGAUGGUUCAUCUUGAAGCCAUGGCUAUAUCUGAAAACAUGCGAAAAUAUGUGAAGAAAAGCAAUGCGGGGCAUAGAAACAGACGUAAAAUGAAACCCGAAGAUAUAAUUAUAUUCCCUCGCCCUGCAAACCAAACAAGGAGCAAGGCGUCAUAUGCAGCUACCAACUGGAAAAGAGAACGCUGGAUAAAAUCAGAUGCAGACUACCUGAUAUUGGAACUGUAGAAGGCAAACAAAAUAAUGGUAUGGAUAUGCUAAACUUGGUUAAAUUUGUUUGGAAAGAUCGAGUAGUAAAUGAGGCAAAGAUAUUCGUCUACCGGUAAACAAUGAGCCUGUUGAAGAUAUGGUAACCACCAAAGCCAGCGCUAGUCUGUUUUUUAUUAUAUGGAACAGGACAAGAUAUGAAUGAAUUAUCCUUAUAUGCCUUACAUAGAUAGAUAAAGCUAUUGUGUCAUAUACUUAGUUUAUACAAUGUGUGCGCUUUGUGCUAUCUUUGAAAUGUAAUUUGUAUGGCUUGAAAUGUUCAU